AUGAACAAGAAUAGAAGGAUCCGGGGUGGAAUUGUAAUUAUGAACGAUUGAGUGACAGCCAUUGCCGCCAUCUUGGUUUUGGUGAGCAAUAAAAGGAGGUGUGCAGUGUGGUGCAGUGAGACGAGUGUUGUGUCCAACUUGCUGUUGCAUGUAAACGCUAAUUAUGAACUUGAAUAUGUCAAAUUCAUUGUGGUUCUGAGAGCGAAAGGGUAAAAGUCGAAAAAGUGUUGGUGAAAGAAAAAAUUUCACACUACAAAAUUAGGCAAUAUUUAUUCAAGUAGGUGAGGGUGCCUUACUCGACUUUUCGCUAUUACAAGGAAGGCGAGGCUGCAAUCCAACUGAGUCCCGUAUUUGUUAUAUAGAACUGUGAGUAAGGACGAGAGCAGUUCCUCAGAAUAGAGUGCCGGUUUCAUUAUAACUACAUUCUGUAUAUUGCACUUGUACUAGCAUCAUCAACUACUUCAAAACAGAAUCUACGUUGAGAAACAAUGAAUGCCUCAGAACAUGGGUUUAACCCAGCCUUUAACAUGGCCUCCAUAAAGCAAGCUUUCAAUGAAGCUGUAGAAAGAGUUUCAACAGUGAGAAUGCCAGCUCCGACUCGUUUACGAGACCUCAUCAGACAAAUCAGAGCUGCUCGCACAGCUGCAGAAGAGCGAACAGUUGUCAAUAAGGAGUGCGCGUACAUACGCUCGACAUUUAGGGAGGAAGACAGUGUUUGGAGGUGCCGCAAUAUUGCCAAACUGCUGUAUAUACACAUGUUGGGAUAUCCUGCCCAUUUUGGUCAGUUGGAAUGCUUAAAAUUAAUAGCAUCUCCAAGGUUCACUGACAAACGCAUCGGCUAUUUAGGAGCAAUGUUACUUCUCGAUGAACGACAAGACGUUCAUCUUCUUAUAACAAAUUGUUUAAAAAACGAUUUAAAUAGUUUAACACAAUUUGUAAUCGGAUUGGCCUUGUGUACACUGGGCGCUAUCGCAUCUCCAGAAAUGGCAAGAGAUCUUGCCUCCGAAGUUGAAAGACUAAUGAAAUCUCCAAACGCGUACAUCAGAAAGAAAGCAGCUCUCUGCGCUUUCAGAAUUAUUAGAAGAGUGCCAGAACUGAUGGAAAUGUUCCUUCCAGCAACUCGCAGUCUCCUGACGGAAAAAAACCAUGGAGUUCUGAUAACAGGUGUUACAUUGAUUACUGAAAUGUGUGAAAACAGUGUAGACACUUUAACACAUUUCAAACAGAUUGUACCAAACCUCGUGAGAAUUUUGAAGAAUUUAAUUCACGCUGGAUAUUCCCCUGAACAUGACGUUUCAGGAGUAUCGGAUCCAUUUCUCCAAGUGAAAAUUUUACGACUCUUGAGGAUUUUGGGACACAAUGAUGUGAACGCCUCCGAAGCAAUGUACGACAUUCUUGCUCAAGUCGCGACAAACACGGAAACAACGAAAAACGUUGGCAACACAAUAUUGUACGAAACAGUCCUGUCGAUCAUGGACAUUAAAUCUGAGAGUGGGCUGCGUGUAUUAGCUGUGAAUAUCUUGGGCAGAUUCCUGCUCAAUAAUGACAAGAACAUUCGCUAUGUUGCUUUAAAUACGUUACUAAAGACAGUCUACGUUGACACCAGUGCAGUUCAAAGACAUCGUUCGACAAUAUUGGAGUGCUUGAAGGAUCCUGAUGUGUCGAUAAGGCGUCGGGCAAUGGAGUUGAGUUUUGCUCUCGUCAACACCAGUAAUAUUAGGAAUAUGAUGAAGGAAUUACUUCUUUUCUUGGAACGUGCUGAUCCUGAAUUUAAAGCUCAAUGCAGCAGUAAUAUCGUUAUGUCUGCAGAGAGAUUUUCACCUAAUAAGCGAUGGCAUCUUGAAACUUUAUUUAAAGUUCUUGUUGCUGCUGGUAAUUAUGUGCGAGACGAUGUCGUAGCAUGUACAAUUCAAUUGAUCUCGGAAACUCAAGCUCAGCAGUGUUAUGCAGUUAGUGCCCUUUGGAGAGCUUUAGAGAAAGAUACAUCUGAUAAACAACCAUUGGCGCAGGUAGCCACGUGGUGCAUAGGUGAAUACGGAGAUGUAUUAUUAUAUGGUCCACAUCCAGAGGAUGCUGAUGCACCUGUUGAUUUGACGGAAGUCGAAAUCAUUGAUGUAUAUCAGAGACUUCUUUGGAAUCCGCAAAAUACUGUCAUUACGAAGCAGUACACUUUGCUUUCUCUCACGAAGCUCAGCACUCGGUUCCAGAAAGGAAAUGAGAAAAUUCGACAGAUAAUAGACACUUUUGGAAGUAAUUUACACAUUGAACUUCAGCAACGUGGAAUUGAAUUUUCUCAACUAUUUAGGAAAUACGAUCAUUUGAGACCGGCUCUUCUCGAGCGAAUGCCUCCAAUGGAAACUGCAAGGCCUCAAGCAAAUGGAAUCAUAGGAAUGAUGAACGGCGAACCUGAUGUUCUCGAAGAUGAAAAAUCAUCAAUUUUAGAAGCUGAUGCUUCCACUGCAGACUCUAACGCUCUUUUGGAUCUUCUGGGAACAGCUGAUUUGAAUUCAUCAGUAGCAAAUGUGUCUACGACAACUCUUCCUCCAAGUACGUCCAUUACGAAUACCAAUGAUCUUCUGGACCUUUUAGGUGGAUUGGAUUUAAAUACACCAACGACGACUCCAACCAAAAUUGUGCAGUCGCCUUCACAAAUAUUUAGCCCAACAAACACAUCUAAUUUCUUGGUGGAUGGACUCCUCAACUCUUCGUCCUCAUCAAAUGAAAAUGAAACCCAAAAUAUGGUUGUCUUUGACAAGUCGGGACUCAAAAUUAGUUUCAAAUUAGAAAGGUCAACAGACAAUGCGGAUUUACUGAUAAUAAACAUGUCGGCUCAAAAUUCAGGACCAACUCCAUUGACUGAAUUUUUAUUUCAAGCUGCAGUUCCUAAGACAUUCCAGUUACAAAUGUUUUCGCCUUCUGGUACUGUUAUUUCCCCGUCGGGUCAAGUUACUCAAGUAUUAAAAAUUACAAAUAUCAACAAAGGCUCGCUUAGAAUGAGAUUACGAAUUUCUUACACGGGAUUAGCGGGUCCAGUUCUGGAACAGGCGGAAGUAAACAGCUUUCCAUCUUUAGUAUCGCAGUGACAGUAAACUAUACAAAAGCUAAUUGUACAUAUUUUCCUGCCUAAUAACUAAGCGAGUCUUUAAUUUAAUUUUAAUAGAGUGAAUUCUAAUCUCACAACUACGAUUUUGUUUAUAAAUAUUGCUCCAAGUAAUUGUAACUUACGCAAUUAAAAGAAGCUUAAUUUUUUUCUUUUUGAUAGUAGAAAAAAUAAUUUUCGAACAAUUUUUAAAAUUCCAAACAUUGUUUAUCUGGAACAUAUCUUCAAUUAUAAAAGAUUAAAUUAAAAUUACAAAUUUAA